CCAAGGCCAUGCAGACGUCUCUGAUCUUCUACCUCUUUGUUCUCUUGCCUGUUACAGGAGUUUGCUUGAACUGUGAACGCUGCAGCAGCAGCAACAGUGACUCGUGCAUUGGGACGCCCUAUACCUGCCCACUAUCUGAAGAUGCCUGCCUUAUCUUCACCUCAGAGAACAUUGUUGGAAAUGACCGAUGGUUCUCCACCUUCAAAGGCUGCACCAAGAAAAAGUUCUGCCCUCCGACGCCCAUGGGCUUCACUUUCCCGAACCAGCGCAAACGGAGAGCUGCCAAGUGUUGCCACACAGAUCUCUGCAAUGCUGGAUCAGUGACACUGCCACGGCUAGGAGCCAGGCCAAAUGGCUUACAGUGUCCUGGAUGCUUCUCGCAGAAUCCAAGGUGCCGCCCCACAGAGACAUUAAACUGCCAUGGCUGGGAGCGCAAAUGUGUCUACUAUGAUGUGUCCGUACAACAGGGCAAUGAGAUAUACACUUAUGCCAAACGUGGCUGUGGGACCAAACACGCCUGUGUGAGUGGGCCGCGUACUCUCGGGAUACCUGGAUUGUACGUAGAAAUUUGGAAGGCCGCCACGUGCACUCCAGCUGUCAAAUACAUGCACUAACAAGUUGCUGGGCCCUCAGAACAUAUAUAAAUAAGUGUUGAAUCAUCUCUCCAGCUUCCUGGAAGAUACGGCGAGGUUAAAAAGAAAAGAAUCCAGGCAUCAUUCUUAGCAGGCAAUUCCCAUUUCCACUAAUCCUAUGCAAUUUUAUACUUGGAGUAUUUUUCUUUGCCAGUGAAUAAAAUCAUG